GGAAGGGAGAGAGAAUUAUUUACAACUGAAGAGGUGAGUAAAUAGGACAAAUAAAUCUCUCUCUCUCUCUCUCUCUGCAAGUCUCUCUCUACCAUCCAAGAAAAAACCAAUCAAUUCCGUGUCCCCAAUGUAAGGUUGUUUGCAGUGUGUGUCAAGACAUCUAUUGGAUGAACGGAGCUUGAAAUUUGGCCCAUGGACGAACGCACUCGAAUGGAGCAUUUUAGAACAUGGGGAUUCUCCAGCCAAGCCGUGAAUGGGAAUCCAAUGCUGAAAACGUUCGCAGGCAGUGCCGUUCUCAACGGUGCAGGGACUGUUGCAGAACACGCAGCUGCAGUCAUGUUAAAUGGGCCGUUUGCAGAACGAAAAGCUUCAUUAGCUGAAGCACAAGCAGCAGCAUCGUCUAUGGGUUAUCAUGGUAAUCCUUGGGCCAUGUUUCCGCCUAGUAUGGGCUCAGCUCCAGCUCCUGAGGAUCAUCUGGAUCUUAGGGUUAAGGAAAUGCAUAAUGUUCUUGAAUUCCCAUUAGAAGAAGUGGAUAACGGUGAUCCUAAUAACAAACCAGCAAAACGUAGAAAGCCACGGGCUCCCAAACCACCUAACAGUGACGCAGCAAAAGUUCCAAGACAGAAGCAACCAAGGAAGAAAAAUUCCUCAUCUGCCAGCAAACAGGCUGGUUCUUUGCCAUCUGAGAAGUCUGACAAAAAGAUCCUUGACAUUGUUGUCAACGGAGCAACUUAUGAUAUAUCAAGUAUACCGGUCCCAGUCUGCUCUUGCACCGGUGUCCCUCAUCAGUGCUAUAGAUGGGGAGCUGGUGGAUGGCAAUCCUCUUGUUGCACCACAAGCAUGUCUGCUUAUCCUCUGCCAUUGAGUCAUACAAGACCUGGAGCCCGUAUAGCUGGAAGAAAGAUGAGCAAUGGAGCAUACAGGAAAGUAUUAGAGAAAGUAGCAGCUGAAGGUCAUGAUCUUUCUACUUCAGUCGACUUGAAAAGUUUUUGGGCCAAACAUGGCACUAAUAAGUUUGUUACAAUCAGGUAGGCACGGAGACAGUGAUGCUUUUGUUUUUUCUCUGUCAAUACUACUUUGACGCUUUUCCUUUCAACAUACUUCUGAUCUCACUGUACCUUUUGCAUGUUUGAAAAACAUGCUGUAAAUUAUGUGGGGGGAUCUAAGCCCGGUCAUGUGUCAUUUCAUUUCUUUGGCUGUGGAAUUACUGAUGAGAGCUAUUAAAGGGAAAAUUACUUUGUUCA